AACAGAAAACAACAGCGCAUGUGUCGUUGACUCGUUGUCACGGACACAUCAAAAUGGCGAGCACAUUGAUUUCGGCCAAGUAUCCAACUAAUAUAGAUGCCACUAAGACCCCUUUGGCUUAUGGAAAUCGUGCUAUUCCAAGAUUAAACAGGGAACUUAAUGAUGCUAAUUUGUUGGUACGCCAGAGGGCAGUUAUGUCCCUUUGUGACCAUCUUCAUGAUCCGGAGCACAUAGCAGAAUCAAUCAGAACUGGUAUUGAUAAAAGUUUGAAAGGACUUUUAAAGGAUCCAGAUAUAACUGUUCGUCAGAAAGCAACAGAAUGUCUCUGUGUGAUGGCAGGUCAUGCCCUAGGAAGAGAUUCUUUCUUGGAAAAUGAGACCAUCUAUCCAGUGGCUCUACUCUUUGAUGACCCUGAACCUAUUGCCAGAAAAAAUGCACAUAUGUGUGUCAUGAUGAUCUCAGAGACACCACCUGGUGCUGAGGGCAUAGUUCAAGCACAGUUUGUUGACUUGUUGGUGAAGAAACUGCAAGUGGAGCUGGAUAACAUAAAGGAGAUUAUUUUGGACACACUUCACUUCUGCAUGAGAGUUGACACUAAUAGUGCUCUGGAAGCCAAUGCAAUGGAAGCAUUCACAGUCUUGCUCAAACACGAGUUACCCACCAUCAGAUUCAAAGCUGCUAGAGAUAUUAUGGAUCUGAGUGUACCUCUGGCUGGCAAAGAUAGGGCAGUUGCUUGUGGAGCUCUUCAGUUAUUAAAAGACAUGUUGAGUGAUCUAACGACUGAAGUUAGAGCUAAUGCAGCAGGAGCUAUCAUGACCAUCACCAUCACCACCAAAGGUAAAUACACAGCUAUACAUGCCAUGACCAUUCCAGCCUUGGUCAACCUGGUGGAUGACAUCAAUAGUGAAGUCAGACUCAAUGCAAUCAAAGCCUUAACUUGUCUGGCAGAAGCUCCAGAAGGGAGGAGAGAAUUGUUACAGCAUGUAGAGCAGAUACGCAAUCACACGAAAGAUCACAGAGAGGCUGUAGCUCAUGCCGCAAGGAUUGCUGUCAAAGUUAUAACAUGGCUCCCUUAAUGUGUUAAUUUUUCUCCUGCUGAUUGUAUCAUAGUGUUCUGUGUAUAGUUUCUCAUUCUUAAGAAACAUAAUGUGGCAAUAACAAAAUAUUAUUGAUAACAAAAUAGUAAUAAUAGCAGCAAGUAUUUAUUACAAGUUUUUUUAGGGGGUGGGAAAGGUAUAUGGAAGGUAAAAAUAGUCUGCAAAAUCGUUGGUUAUAAGUUAUAUCUGAAUUGUAUUAAGAAUGUAAGACUUUAGAAAUUGACACUAAAAAUCUUAUGAAACAAAAUAAUAAUAACUGUUUUACUUUUUCUGUGAUGUGUCAAAAAUAGAUUAAUAUGCAUAGAUUCUACUCUCUAUCUAUAUCAUUUGAUUGCCAAAAAAAAUUGCAAAAUAUAAAUUUAUUGCUUCAAAUAUGAUUUUGAUCUUAUUUACAUAAUGUUUUUACAAGUAAUAUAUUAUAUGCAAAUUUACUUUAUUUAUGAACAAAAGAAGAUUCUUUUACUUUUUUAUACUAAUGUUUGUUGAGUAUAUGCUGCAUCUAUUUCACAAUUACCGUUUCAAUUACAGUUGGAAUAUAAUGCUCAUUUAGGUUAUCAACCAAGGCAAGUCUCAGAAAUGUAGCAUCUAUUACACAAUAGUUUUUAAAAUAAUUUUUGAAAACUAGUAUUGAAAGAAAUAUAUAGGCCUGUAUAGAUCUAGGCCUAAGAGUAUUCAGUUGUUUUUUUUCUGUAUAAAAAUAAAUAUUUUAACUUGAAAAUGACUUUGUUGCAGUGGCGUAGCUAGGGUGGAGGGGAGGUCCAAAUUUGAAAAUCUCCCCUGCGCCCCCCACUUGAGAGGGUCCCCCCAAAUGAGUGUCAGAAAUGUGUUUUUUCCAGUAUUGCAUGUCAUGAUGUCGAAUGUCAAAAUGCAGGGGCUCCUAAAGAGGUCAAGCCCCAGGGCCCCCCCCCUAAAUCCCUAGCUAUGCCACUACUUUGUCGAAUGUGAUUUGAAUGUGCGGUCUCUAUGCACAAAUAGAAAUGCUUGUUAGCAUGUGUUUUUAUGUCUAUAUCUCUACACAAUGGGAUAAAUAUCAUUAUUUAUUUGAUGUCUCUCAAAAAUACAAGCUCAUGAUUACAAGAUUACAUGAUUACAAGAUUAUGAAUGUAUCCUGUGUCCUGACUGAAAUAAAAACUCUGAUGACACAGUG